AUGGCUAAGCCUAUCGUGCUCCACAUCGGUGACCCGAUCAAAUACAACCACGAAUUCUAUGAGAACGAAUUCCUCAAGCGAUUCGACAUCAGACACAAUGAAGAUCUUGACAGGGCCUCAUUCAUAAAAGCCCUGAAGGACAAGAAAUAUGGCGAAUUCUCGGCGAUCUUUCGACCACAUUUUCAAACGGGUGGAGAAAUGGGACAAUGGGACGAGGAGUUGAUAUCGCUUCUCCCUCCUUCGGUUCGGAUCUUUGCUUCUGCCGGUGCAGGUUUCAACUGGGCAGAUGUAGAUGCAUUGGGCCGUCGCCGAAUCUGGUACGCAAAUGGCGCUGGAGCCUCAGACGAGGCUGUUUCUGACACCGCCCUCUACUUCAUCCUCUCUGUCUUCCGGAACUUCACCAGGUCGCAGAUUGCUGCGCGGACUUGCGACCCGGAGGUGUUCAACGCCACGCACAAGCUUAUUGCUACGAUAUCUGCAAACCCUCGAGGCCACGUACUGGGCAUCAUCGGUCUUGGUAACAUCAGCAAGAAGCUGGCAUACAAGGCAAAGACAGCCCUUGGGAUGGAGAUCCACUACUACGACGUGAUCAGAGCGCCAGGGGAGAUCGAAAAUGGUUUGGGGGCGACUUUCCAUUCUACGCUCCACAGCUUGCUCGCAACUGCGGACUGCGUCAGCUUGCACACCCCUCUGAAUGCCCACACGCAGGAUCUGAUUAAUGACGAAGCGCUUGCGGCAAUGAAGCAAGGCGCUAGGAUCAUCAAUACCGCCAGGGGCCGUGUGGUGAAUGAAGAGGCUCUGGUAAGGGCCCUGAGAAGCGGCAAGGUAUCUGCAGCUGCGCUAGAUGUGCACUAUGACGAGCCUCAGGUGUCAAAGGAGCUUGCCAAAAUGGAGAAUGUGACUCUGACAACCCAUAUCGGAGGUGGAGCUUUGGAUACGAGGAUCAAUUUUGAGUUGAAUGCUAUGAAAAAUAUAUUAGCAGUAGUAGGGGAGGAUGGAAGCUGCAUUGGCGAGCCACUGACCCCAGUGAACACAGAUGCAGUAAAACGAUAA